GUAAACAUUUCAGGGUAUUGAUGUGAGUUAUUAGUGUAUAUCUAGCGUAAUAUAACCUUGGCAACGGAAACGUCUGACGCGAAGAUAUUCAAGAAAGGGUCAAAUCUUAUUGAAGAAUUUAACACUAUUGUAAGCAGUACAUAUGACUUUCUGAAGGAAGUUCUUGAAAACAUCUAGUCCGACUUACUUAUACGCGGCGCACUCAAGUUUGAAAUUUUAGAACAAUCACAAGAAACCACCAAAUCACUAGAAAGUUUGAUCUCUUGACGAUAACAGUACCGGGCAUUGUACUCAAACAAAGAAAAAACAUGGAAACCCCACGAGUUAUGCUUAGUAAAGCUGGAAACCCGACGAUUGGGUUCGACUCGCCUCGACGAGCCUCAAGUAUCUCCGCCACCUCUGACGAAAGACGGCGUAGCUCUACAUCCCAACACCCGAUAGUGGCCGCUCAGGCACUCGGUUCGGGAGACACGAGGAAGCCCUCUGUGGUAGUUCCAUACUUUCAGGCUUCAGCAAGACGGGUAUCGCAGUUCAAUGCUCCGAGAUUCAACACAGAGGUUACUGAAUACCUCGGUAGUAAAGCAAAGGCCGCCGCAGAUGCUAAAGUUUUACCAACAUACAAAACAGAGCCCGACCGAAGAUUUGUACCACAUGUUGUGAAAAGAGUUAUGGAUAGUGCGUUGGAAGAGGCUCUGGAAGGUAUGGAGCAUUAUGAAUCGGCCAAAUGCCGUGCACUGACCACAAGUGUGUGUGAGGACAUCAAACAAAAAGUCAAGUUUCUGAAUUAUGAUCGUUACAAGCUUGUAUGUGUGGUGUAUUUUGGUUCAGUGAAAGGCCAAGAAAUGCGGGUGGCUAGCCGAUGCCUCUGGAAUCAUAACUUUGACACGUUCGCUUCUUCGAGCGUCACAAAAGGGGAUAUAUUUGCGGUGGCAAUGAUGUAUGGAAUUUACAAAGAGUAAAAUAGCGCCAUGCAUUUAUAUCACCAAUACUAGUAUCGCCAACACCACCACAAUCAUCACCUCCAUUAUUAUCACCAUCAUUAUCACCACUACCACCAUUAUCAUCAUUAUCACAACAAUAGAAACAAAGCGGCGAACAGCAAUAUACGAAACAUCACCGUAUUAUAUAUAUUUAGGCCUAAAGCGGAGCCAUCGUUUUAGAGAUAAUGUAAUUUUGUUAUUCUGAAACUCUAAAUGCUGUGCUAUAAAAGAUGGGUUGAGUUUCUUUUAGAAUCAGCAGCAAGAAGAUUCAUAACAAUGAUUUAAUUUAAGCAUAUUCCAACAUUAAACAUUAAAUAAAAUGCUA